CCCAGAAGGGCUGGACCUGGGAUCAUGCUCCUACCCACAUUUGUCUGUUUAGCCCAGAAAUGAGUUCUGCACAUUUAAGGCUGGUUCUGAGAGCGAAGGGAGGGAGGAAGAAGUGAGCAGUUUGUUUUACAAACUGCACUCACUCCUCCACAUUCCAGCUCCUGGAGGGACAGAUGGUGGGACAGGGCUCUCCUUGGCUUUUAGGGUUUUUUUAGCUCUCUGAGGCAGAGAAGUUCCCUGGACUGUGAUUGUUCUUUUUCUUUGGAGCUGUUUUAACCUGCUCUGGACUGAACACCCAGAAGGGCACUGGCAGGUCACACCUGUGAUACAUUGGGCAGAGUCUGGGCUGUGGCUUUUCCAGUGAUGGAGGAACUGAUAAGAGACAGAUAAGAGACUGAUAAGAGAAUGAGUGUGCUGAGCUACAGCCCAGGGAGGGACUUGCUGAGCUUGUCAUCUCUUUUGGAGUGGCAAAAGGUUUAGUUGUUUAAUAUUGGUCAUUUGCUCUGCUCGUGAAUCCCUUGCCUGUUAAAUAACCAGGUGUUUUCUACUUUUCUCCAAGGAAAUCUUUUCCCAAACUGGUUGGUGGAGAGGCUGCUUGAAUUUGCUUUCUAGUGGAAUCUCCUUUUCGAGGUUUUCUCCCAAAUUUGCCCUAAACCAGGACAGGGCAGUGGGGAGAGGAGAGAGCCCCAAGUAACUGGAUUGGCUGGAGGCUGGAGAUGGGGACCCUGGGACCCCAAAGUGUGACAUUGUCUCCUGUGUGUGUGGCCUUCUCAGGGAGAGGGUCUUACACCUGAGCCAGUUUGGGUAAGGGGGGUGGUGUCCACCCCCCGAGCAGGGAUUACCCCACUGUUUCAGGUUGCAGUGCAAGAUGUAACCAAAUGCAUGUUUUCCAUCACCACCUUUAGAAACUGUUAUAUACAGGCGGGGCAGUGUUCUUUAUCUCUUCCAUGACUCAGCCCUGAUAAUUCCCUCCAGGGGCUCUCUUCUGUGAAUGGGCCAUUGAGUGUCCCUGCAGGACUGGUAAAAUGACAUCAUCCCAUUGUGGGAUGCUCCGCCCAGGGGGAGGAGCCACGCAUUCCUACCUGGAUAUAAACUGAGACUUGUAGCACCAGGAGCAUCUUGCCUACUGGAUUUCCAGAGGACAAGAGCUCCAUAAGCACCACUGGACCUUCAGAGGAAGACCAGACCCUUCUACAGGAUCACCGCUUCGACAGAAUCAUGUUCAUCACUGCAACAGGACUGAGGCCACCAUCUAAUGGGACUGCUACCACCACCCUGACACACAGGGUGCCAGAAUUUCCCAUCUCAAAACCACUGCCAGAUGGAGGAGAAGGCUGUGAGGAAGAGGAAGAUGUCCCGGGACCAUCAGACAAGGAGCUGAGGAUGGAGACCAGUGAGGACAAAUCUCCGCAGCAGAACCUUCUGGAAGAGGCCGUUUUCAGUGGCUCCAUGGCACAGGAAUCUAAUGGGGAAGAAAAUUCCCUGAGAUCCUGCAGGAGGAGGGGCUCCAAACACAGCCCAGGGUGCUCUGAGGAAGAAAGACCCAGCCUGUUCCAGGAAGGUGGACAGAGCUUCAGCCAGAGCUCAGAGCUGAUGGUCCAUGAGCAGCUUCAUGAUGGGGAGAAACCCUACAAGUGCUUGGAGUGUGGGAAGAGCUUCAGGCAGAGCUGCCACCUGAUCUGCCACCAGAGGAUCCACACCGGGGAAUGGCCCUACGAGUGUGGGGAGUGUGGGAAGGGCUUCAGCUACAGAUCCACCCUUGUGACCCACCAACGCAUCCACACCGGGGACAGGCCCUAUGAAUGCCUUGAGUGUCAGCAGAGAUUUCAGACCCACUCCACUCUCCUCAGGCACCAGAGGAUUCACAGCGAGGAGAGGCCCUUCCUCUGCCCCGACUGCGGGAAGGGCUUCAAGCAAAACUCCCACCUUGUCACCCACCAGCGCAUCCACACUGGGGAGAGGCCCUACGGGUGCCACACCUGUCAGAAGAGGUUUCACAGCAGCUUCAAUCUCCUCCUGCAUGAGCGGAUUCACAGCGAGGAGAGGCCCUUCCGCUGCCCCGACUGUGGCCAGGUCUUCAAGCACAACUCCACUCUCGUCACCCACUGGCGCAUUCACACUGGGGAAAGGCCCUACCAAUGUAAUCAAUGUGGGAAGAGCUUCAGGCGGAGCAGCACCUUGAUCUGCCACCAGAUGAUCCACACUGGGGAAUGGGCCUACGAGUGUGGGGAGUGUGGGAAGGGCUUCAGCUACAGAUCCACCCUUGUGACCCACCAACGCAUCCACACUGGGGACAGGCCCUAUGAAUGCCUUGAGCGUCAGCAGAGAUUUCAGACCCGCUCCACUCUCCUCAGGCACCAGAGGAUUCACACUGAUGAGAGGCCCUUCCUCUGCCCUGACUGCGGGAAGGGCUUCAAGCGCAAUUCCCACCUCAUCACCCACCAGCGCAUUCACACUGGGGAGAGGCCCUACGAGUGCCGCACCUGUCAGAAGAGGUUUCACACCAGCUCCAAUCUCCGCCUGCAUGAGCGGAUUCAUACAGAGGAGAGGCCCUUCCGCUGCCCUGACUGUGGGAAGGGCUUCAAGAACAACUUCACCCUUGUCAGGCAUAGGCGCAUCCACACUGGGGAGAGACCCUACGAGUGUCCGCGGUGUGGCAAGAGCUUCACUCAGAGCUCUGACUUGACCAGACACCAAUGGAGUCACUGA